CAGAAGUCUAAUAAUUUGCCUGCUGAAACCCCAGAAGAAGAUAAAGGAAGUCUUGUAAAAAAGUUACUUGAAACGAAGAAAGAUUUAGAAGGUGGCAGUCAACACACUCCUACCAAAAAAGUGGAAAUUGAUAAAUCUCAAAUGUCUGAAGCUUCACGAAACCGAGAACGUGACUCUGCAUCGAAAGAACUCGGACAGCUUAGAAAUUUUGUGCAAGCUUUAAGUAGAAAUGCAUUUCCUUUAGGAAGAAUGCUGGACUUCUUACAAGAAGAUUUGGAUUCUAUGAAAAUGGAACUUAAAAUGUGUAAGAAAGAACAUGAACAAAAUUUGAUUGCAUUACAUAAAGAACAAAGUACUACCGAGUCACUGUUGGAACCACUCAGAGCACAGCUGGAUGAUCUAGAUCAAGUUGUUCAAAAUCAGCUGGAUGCCAACAGCGCCUUGAAGUCAUCCAUCGCUAGAAAUGAUGAACGAAUACAGAGGAUGUUGGCCUCCGUCAACCAUAAGUCGUGACUGCUCAGCUCUGGUGCAGAUCUUUCAUCCUGGCUGCAAAAACUUCCUUGCAGCAUUCUGCACAUUAGUCUCUUGUGCCUGAAAAUAUUUGGUGAUGCUUUAUAUGUAUGUACAUAUAUACACAUAUGCAUAAGUUAUUUUAAAUAUUCAGUAACACAUUUUUUAAAAUGUGAUUCUGUUUUAAAGAAAACCUACUUAAACAGUAGUGAUUUCAGUUUGCUUAGAAAUUUUAUUUAUGCAUUUGUUGAAGCCUUGUCCAGAAUGCUUUUACUGCAGGUGAGAAAUGUUCGUAAUUUUUUUUCUUCUUUUAUGUCCACUACCACAACGCUGCCUCAGAAACAUAUGCCUGUGUACUGGUAACCGUCCAUUGUUGAUAGGGAUGGAAAUCCCUUUUCUUUAAACAGUACACUGAAUUGCAUAUCUAGUCAAUGCUCACUGUUGAAGGAUAAAUGUAGGUGUGCUGUAUUUAUUGUUGAAAGGUUUAAUCAAGCCACCAUUCAAAAUAUAUUGUCUAGAUGUAGUCAGUCACAGGAUAUUUUAAUUGAUUUACUGUUUCUUCUGUGGUCACUUAAGGCGGCAAAUUUUGGAAUAUUUUCUGAUUUAAUUUAUGUAGAGGUACGUUCAACCAGUUACAUUAUUUUGAGGUUUUAAAUUUACUGUGUAAACCAUUCAAUUUUGAGCAGCUUGUCAUGUACUGUACGAAUGUUCUGAACCUUUAAUUAUUUUUAUAUGAAAUGUACUGUUCUAUAAAAUAAGGUGUUGAUAAAAUUUAUAUAUUUUUACCUGAAAUGUAUUUAUCAAUUAAAUUUAGUAUCUGAAAUGUAUUAUUCAAAAACUGAGCAUUAAAUUCAUAUGAUUAGUAUCUAAUAAUAUCUCUUAGCUUUUUUCUUUUGAAGCAGGUGUAUAAAGUUACAAAUAAAACACAAGCAUACAAAAUGAAAUGUAUAACAGUGUUUUAAUCUGAGUUAAUAUGAGAAUUUUAAGCAUAUUCUCUUCCCCACAUACACACACACUCAGCUCUAAUGCUCGUUUGGAAAUUUUUUGGAUUCAUAAUUCAGAGCAGAUUUAAUUAAGGUUCUCAGUGUUCUGGAACUUAAAACUGGUUAUUUUGAAACUUCCAUCUAUGCAUUCUGUAAUUUUCCUUAUUGCUUACUUGUGCCAUCCGUUAAAGAGAAAUUAAGUGCAUAACUUUAGAGAUUAUUUGGCAAGCAUUUUUCUUUGCUUUCUAAGCAGUUUAUAAACGGAUUCCAAAUUUAUAUUUUAGGUUAUUAUAAAAGUCAGUUUUAUAGUAACUAGAUAAAAAAAUUUUAUCUGGGUCAAUGUUAUUUGCGAGAUGAUUAUUUCUAAUUAAUUUCAUUUGUCAUACAACAUACAAAGCAAUUUCCCCCCUUUUACUGUUAGUGUUCCUGGCUCCAGCAUUUUAGGUGCUCUAGCAAUCAGUACAAUUGCUACCCAUGUAAAUUAUGCACAUUAAUUUGAUAAUCCAUAAUAUACUUUUAUUUAGUUAAUUAAAAAUAUGCCUUUCUUAAUAUUGGCAAUCUAUUAUAAAUGCAACCUAUCAUAAAUCUGUUUACCUAUGGUAAGGCUCAAUUGUUAAUAUCGUAUUCUUGAGCAACAUGCAGUAAUUCUUGAGCAAUAUCAUUUUUUAUUUAUCCAAAUGCGGGAGAACUCAAUUUUUCUUCACUUAAACAUGACCUCUAAUAAGUCCUUAUCUGUUUCAACUUGGGAAAGUCCCUCUCUAUUGCAGCUAAUAAUAAUGGAAUUAUGUCCGCCCCCCCCCAAAAAAAUUGCAUGUUGUUCUGUGCAUUGAGAUAAAGUAUCUUCUAAAGAGUAUACAUAUAAUGUGGGAAGCAAAUCCUUUAAAUAUUAUUAUGAUUUGUAUUUAAAAAAAACUGUGAAUUUUCGUAAGUUUCUGCUGAUCAAUUCUUGUCUAACUUGAAGAUUAUUAAAAAUAAAAUCAUCAGUUUAUGCUCACCACAUAAGUUGCUCAUAUUAUUAUAAAAACAACUGAGCAGCUUGAUAUGAUAAACUAUCUUGGAAGUGUUAGAUCUGUAAAUGGAUUGAAGAAAUAGUUUUAGAACUUCUUUUCUAUAUCUAUUAGAGCUUUGUCAUAAUGUUUAUAAUUGAACCUUCAUUUCUUUCACUGGAUGUUGGUAUUUAAAGUACAGGUUCAACAUCUAACAUUUCUGCCAAAUCUCGAGCUCUAACUAUACUGCUUUCUUAUGAUGAGUAACAUAUCCCAUCCACUGUUCCUAUGGUGCCCUCUAAUUAUACAAUGAUGCUAGUCUAGAUGCCCUCCAAAAAUCAGCAUCUUAGGUGGCUACAUUGCCUUGGAGCCAGUUUUUUUUAUUAUUAUUAUUUUAUUUUAUUUAUUUAUUUUAACUAGUGGCAAAGUUGGGGUAUUGCUGUAGGUCAACUGUAGAGUGUAUUAUUAACUUCAGAAAAGAGCCUGUAUUUUUUGGAUGUUUGUCGUGUUAUAAUUUCAUCACCAAAGAUUUACCAAAUAUGUAUUAUUUGUUGAUUUGCAUAAUUUGUUGUUGUUUAUUUAUGCAUAAAUUAUUUAUGAUAAAGUCUCUCGUUGUUGUAUAGAUAACUUAAAAUUUGCAACUGUGAUAUGUUUUAUUGAAAAUAUUCAUUACUGUGAAUCUGGGUUGUUUAACCCUCUAAUUAAAACAGGUUGAUUUUUAUAUGAAUUAUGUCACUGCACAGUGUGAUUCUCUAUUGCUUUCCAUUUAAGUUUCAUGUAAUUUGUACAGCUUCAGAAUUUCUGUAAAAAAAAAAAAAAAAAAAAAAGUUUUGUCAGAUGUAAGUUUUAUAAAUAAAUGCAAUGCAAAUAAUGGACUGAA